UAACAGCCUCACAAUCUCUCAUUACCCCCAGAGUUUCACAAAAGCCUCAUUAAGCGCCUUAAGAAUGAUGGCGCGACUUCUACCGCCAAAGUUCCUCCUUCCAUCUCGCAGAUUCUUUACUUAUUCUGCGAGAAGAACAGCAUUCUCAACAGGCCCCGCACCACCUCGUCUCCCUCCGAAGGAACAAGAAGAAUUCGAGCGUCUGCAACGAGCUUCAACCGGUGCAUUUAGCACACCAAAGCCAAUCGUCACACCCAAUCCUGCUUUAGAAUCUACACCGUCCUCAUCAUCUCGACCUCGGCCUCAAAUCAAUCAACCCCCAGCAUCAUCAUCGAACAUAGAGAAGGCGGAUAUCGAAGUAGAAGCAGUCAAUGCGAGAGUAGCAGCUACUGGGAAAGGAGAGGAAUUACAUCCUGAUAUUAGAAGAGGAGCGAAACCUGAGUUUGAAGGCGACAGGAAUCCGAAGACGGGCGAGAUUGGAGGGCCGAAGAAUGAGCCGCUGCGGUGGGGGAGUACGGGGGAGAGGGGGGAUUGGAGUUAUAAUGGGCGAGUGACGGACUUUUGAUUUGGAGGUGAGGGGAAUGAUUGUAAGAUUAUGGGAAUGUCAUGAAUACUUGCAUAAACUUUGUUGUGUUGCUUCUGUUUUGCCGAUGCAGUGAACCGAAUCUGGAGUUGGGAGUGAUGAGAAGCCCAACUUUUGCUGAAUAACCCUAUGUGAUUUGGGAGAUGUCUAAAUUGCCAACGGUUUCAAAAUUCUGGUAUCUGGUGAUUCCUCCUCGCUGUGGAUAUUCCCU